AUGGCUGCAUCUUUGAAGCGCGAGAAGGUUACAAGACACCUCAAAUACAUCGAUCUCCGCACGUCCGUCGCUCGGAGCAAAAAUAAUGUGCCGAAUUACCAGACUGCUCUGGAAAAACGCAGGGGGUGGAUGCGGGGCGAUCUGUAUAAAGAGCGCGAUGAGGAGCUCACUCCAUUGCUUGCUAAACCAAAAAUUCGCGCACACGUCGAUCCUAACGUCAUCAUUAUGGCAAUCACUGAAGACUACUGCCCUCUCCCUACCGUGCCGAACGCGAAUGACUUCUACCCUCUCAAUGACCCCGCACCCGGUACUCUGUUACCUGCAGAGCAAUUUCCGAACAAUGAGAACCCACCUACGCUCCUCAAGCCCAUCACGAUCCGCGGUGUGACGUUCCAGAACCGUACAUUCCUCUCGCCGAUGUGCCAAUAUAGCUGCCGUGACGGCCAUGUGACGGACUAUCAUCUAGUUCACCUCGGUCAAUUCGCUCUUCAUGGCGUUGGCGCGCUUAUGGUUGAGGCUACCGCCGUCGUCCCAGAGGGCCGCAUCACCCCUACGGACGCGGGCAUCUGGGCGGAUAGCCACAUCGCGCCCCUGAAGCGCAUCGUCGACUUCGUGCAUGCUCAGGGCGCGAAGAUCGGCAUUCAGCUUGCUCACGCCGGCCGUAAGGCGUCUACUGUGCAGCUGUGGAUGAACUUCACGGUCGCGAGCGACAAACCCAUCGUUUCGCGCAACCGUGCAACCGAGAAGGAGGGCGGUUGGCCGGACAAGGUCGUGGGCCCAACUGAUGCUAAAUGGGCUGAUGACUUCUACACUCCCAAGGCUAUGACCGAGGAAGAUCUGCAACACGUUGAAGAUGGAUUCCUUGCCGCUAUCGAACGUUGCAAGACCAUCGGCUUCGACUUCAUCGAGCUGCAUGCCGCACACGGAUACCUCAUGAGCUCCUUCCUCUCGCCCUUGACCAAUACGCGCACGGACAAAUGGGGCGGACAAUCACUUGAGAACCGUCUACGCUUCCCGUUGCGUAUCGCCGCUGCCGCACGGAAGGCGUGGGCCGACAAGCCGCUGUUCGUCAGGUUCAGCGGCAGUGAAUGGGCACCAGGACCAGAGCAGGUCGAUGGAGAGUGGAAGUCGUGGGGCGUCGAGCAGAGCAAGUUGUUCGCGGUUGAGCUCGCCAAGCUCGGUGUCGACCUCCUCGACAUUUCUUCGGGCGGAAACUGGGCGGGACAGCAGAUCAAGGCUGCGCCCGGCUUCCAAGUUCCGCUCGCUGCUGCUGUCAAGGAAGCCGCUCCGAAUGUCCUUGUUGGCGCUGUUGGUCUGAUUCUCAACGCUAAGCAGGCGGAAGAGGUCCUGCAGGAGGGCAAGGCCGACGUCAUCUUUCUUGCGCGCGAGCUCUUGCGCAACCCGGCGUUUGUGUUGCACGCGGCGCAGGAGUUUGGGGUCUCGGUCAAGCCUACGGUUCAGUACGAGCGUGGGUGGAUGAAGAUGUUGCAUCCCAAAGUAGGGUUCACUCCGGUCUAG